AUGGCUUUCAUGGUGAAACACGUAGUCGGCGGUCAGCUGAAGAACCUGACGGGAGGUCUGACAGAAGAGAAAUCUGACGGAGACAAAACCGAAGCCGCCGCUAAAGGAAUGACCCAAGAAGAGUUUGAGCAGUACCAACAACAGCUAGAGGAGGAAAACCAAACCUUCAUGAUCUUCUCAAAGGUGAUCAAAACCGAAGACAACCAGGAGGAGGAACAGAAGCAGUCUGUUCUGGGUCACCUGACCAACAUCCAGAACGUGGACAUGGGCCACCUGAAGGGCAAAGCUCAGGCCACGCUGGAGGAUCUGAAGAACUCGGCGGAGAAGUGCUGCGUCAUGUGA